AUGACAAAAUGUUCCCCUCAUCACCACCCCCGACAGCUGACCAGCAACCAGCAACGGGUGAAACAUCACGUAUCAAAAGCUUUAUGGGCCGUACCCCAGCCAUUGGCAUACUGAAAUCAAAAUUCCUGACGGUACUGGGAAAUAGUAACGAAUUAUUAAAUGGCAUUUCAUCGAAGUUGACCUUAAAUAUAAGUUCCAGUGAUUCAGAUUACUGUGAUGAUGACGAGGAAGAGGUUCCCAAAUAUGAUGAAUCCAUUGACUACACAAAAAUCGAUUACGAAUCAAGAAGAGUAAAGGCUAGACGGGCCCAUGAAGAGAUCAUAUCAGGACGUUAUAGACAACCAAAUUUAGCACCAAGACCUCGCUUAGAUGCCUUACGUAAUCGUAAACCCGAUAAAUCCCGAUCAUCGUCAUCCUCCUCCUCAUCAUCCUCAUCGACAUCCACAUCAUCCAGAUCAUUUAAUAAUGCCCAUGCUCAAGAUCGUUCACAUGUCAGUAGUACAACCCGAUCGGAUUCCAUUGAAUCUCGACAUUCGGGUGGCUAUGAGAGGAAACGAGCCAUAGCUGGGGCUCGACGCAGUGAACUGGAUGUACAAAGAGAUCUUAUGAGACUUAAUGAAAUGCUGAAACCAAGCAAUACUGCUGCUGUAUCAGCAGCAAAUGUUAGUGUUGGUGGUGCUGGCAUGGAGGUUACAUUGCCGCCAACGUCUGCACCUCAUAUUGAGGUUCAACCGCCACACGAUCGAGAUCCUAGUAAAUCUUCCAUUGCCAAUAUGGCUGGAACAGUUUCAAGCCAUUCCAUACGUGUGCCUCCGGUUAGACGUAAAAAUUCCAACAGCAGUACUUUAACCAGUUUACGGGAUGAUUUGGAUUAUCAGGUUAGCCCAAGUGGAGAGUCCACCGAUUGGCGACAUUUUAUACGUUCCGAAUCACAAAAUUCUGUGCCUUCGUGGGCCUCUUCGAUAAGCUUGGACUGUCGCACCGGCGAGGAGCCCAUCAAAGAGUUUAUGAAACGUUUCACGGACACCAUCUUUUCGAAUGCGAAUGCCAUUGAUUUGGAACUGAAAUCGGAAUUUGGUGCUAUGGCCCGCCUCGAAAUCGGUAGACAAUGGUUUGUGCGAUUCCUGCUGCAGCAAAAGAAUAAAUCGAAGCGAGUCGAAGAGACGACGUUCCAUUCGUUAAUACAGCAUUUUGCCAUUGUGUUGUUUGAAUGUGGCGAAUGUUCGGAUUAUGGACCGGCCAUGAUAAUGAUGAAUUUGAGUUUUCUAUUCUACAGAGAGGUUGAAGUUCCCGGUUGUGAUCCAUAUCGAGAAUACUUGUGUACUUUUAUACGCGAACAGCCUAUUUGGAUGUCUUUGAAAUUUUGGAAUGCUGCCUUUGUGGAGUGCAUGGAAACGGAAAGAAAUAAUCGGCUGAAGUCGCGUCAAAAGAAACAAGAGAGGCGUAAGGCAAAAGAGAAGGCCAAGGAAGAAGUGGUUAAGCAAAAAGGUAACACCGGUGAAGUGAAGGAAAAUGAAGACCAGACCUUGGCUACCAAACAACAAGAUGUCUCAGAAUCUAGCUCAUCACAUGGUAAAGCAAAUCAGCCAAAAAAGGAAAAGUCCACAAAAGCGGGAAAUGAUCCGGUACAGGAUUUCGAAAAGGAAAUGGAAAAUAUUGCCUUUCGACAAUUGGCGACCUUCACCAGCAAUAUCCAUGCUUUGGGUGCCCCACAAGAUUUGUGUUUGGAAUUCUUCAAGAAACAACACUCGGCCGUUGGCCUCAGCAAAGAGAAAUCAAAACUUAUUCGUGAUAAUGUUCAUCGUAUUUAUUAUGAAACCGAGUUGUGGGGUUCAAAACAAUCCUGAAAUAUUUAUUUGAUUUGUA